AAAACAAAACAAAAUCCUUUGCACUCUCAAUAAGUCUUAACUCCUUAAUUCUUUCAAUGGUCUGUACUUUAUGUAUUGGACAAGAGUGUCUUUGCAUGUGUAUUACUCUGUAAUUGUUUAUGAAAUUAUGGAGGCUCUUGGGAGCAAGGGAAGUAUUUGUAUGGGCUGUUCAUGUAACUAUGUUGGCAUCAGACCUAAUAAAUGAGCCCCUUGCAAAGUGCAUAAUGUCUUAUUUCAAAAAUAAAAAUAUAAAAAUCUUAUUUUAAUAAAUUUUCAAUAUUUUAGUCCUAUUUUAAUCUUUAUCCGAUAGAUUUGAAAAGUAGACGAAUAGGGAGGUAAGAGUUCUGAACUUCAUACUCCAAAGUCGAAAGUCGAAACUUGGAAGCACCAUACCACCUCCCGUCCCAAUGGCGGGUCUGUACGCCUCUCUCCGGCCGCAACCACCGCCCUCAGCCCCUGCCAACCACUCCUUCGCCGCGAAGUUACUUCUCCUUCUCACGCUCCUCCCUCUAUCCCUCUCACUCUUAGCCUUUGUCCUCCAAUGGCGUGGCGGGGGAGUCGACGAUCCAAUCUCGCGGUGGUCCCCCGAAGAGUCUCACAAGUUCCCGGGAAUGGACAGCUCUCCACUCGCCACCGUGGGCCACUCCUCUCACUCAUCUGAUUGUUCCCUCCUUGGCCAUCGGCAUUCGGCGUCCUUCCCUUACUACAAGGACUGGAAACUCAAUUCCGAAUCAGAUCUCAAACCAAAGAUAUGCAUUACAACAAGUACAUCAGGUGGCUUGGACCAAAUUCUUCCAUGGAUGUUCUAUCAUAAAGUUAUUGGUGUUACAACAUUUUUCCUCUUCGUGGAAGGGAAGGCAGCAUCUCCUGAAGUAUCCAAAGUUCUUGAGUCCAUUCCUGGAGUAAAAGUAAUAUACAGAACCAAAGAGCUAGAAGAGCAACAGGCCAAGAGCCGGAUUUGGAAUGAAACAUGGCUGUCAAGCUUCUUUUACAAACCAUGUAACUACGAGCUUUUUGUGAAGCAAUCUCUUAAUAUGGAGAUGGCUAUUGUGAUGGCCAAGGAUGCUGGUGUUGAGUGGAUAAUUCAUCUAGACACAGAUGAGUUGCUACACCCGGGUGGUGCUCGUGAGUAUUCAUUGCGACAGUUACUACUAGAUGUGCCUUCGAAAGUGGAUAUGGUUAUCUUUCCAAAUUAUGAAAGUAGUGUGGAACGAGACGAUAUUAAGGAUCCUUUUACAGAGGUUUCAAUGUUCAAGAAGAAUUAUGACCAUCUACCGAAGGAUACAUAUUUUGGGAUGUACAAAGAAGCAACUCGUGGCAAUCCAAAUUACUUUUUAACUUAUGGGAAUGGGAAAUCUGCUGCUCGUAUACAAGAGCAUCUUCGUCCCAAUGGAGCCCACAGGUGGCACAAUUACAUGAAAACUCCAAAUGAGAUCAAAUUGGAAGAGGCAGCUGUUCUUCAUUACACAUAUUCAAAGUUCUCAGAUUUAACCUCCAGACGAGAUCGGUGUGGUUGCAAACCUACAAAGGAAGAUGUUAAACGGUGCUUCAUGUUGGAAUUUGAUAGAUCUGCUUUUAUUAUUGCUUCAACUGCGACAGAGGAGGAGAUGCUGAACUGGUACCGUGAACAUGUUGUGUGGACUGAUAAAACACUUAACAUGAAACUGUUGAGAAAGGGCAUUUUGACUCGUAUUUAUGCUCCAAUGGUGAUCAUCCAAGGGCUGAAAGAGUCCGAGGUGUUCGGAUCCAUCAUCACGUCUGCCCAGAAAAGUCUCGCCAGGGACACGUUUUUAGCAUCAGUCAAGAGGGUGGGUAAUUACUCGGAAAGAGCGGUUGCCUCUCAAUCACUUCCAUCAAGAAAGAUUGGCCGGAACCACCAAGCAUCUCAGGUGGUGACGGCUAGGAAAACACUACAGAUGGCCGCGACGGAGGCUCCUUUGGUGGCUCAGCCGCCAGCUGUGCCACCACGGUCUCCCCCGGGGAAACAAGAAAGUGAUGCAAGCAGGACAUGAACGACCGAGAAACAUAACGGGUGUGUUUCGUUCUGUGUUUUGCUUCGUCUAUACAGAACUCUGUUCCCGAUCAUUACCCAAGCGGAGAUGUAAAUGUUCAUCUGAUGUACAGGAGGAAAAAACCAAUUAACCAGUGAAGGUAUUAUAUUAUUGGUCAUUCUGAAAGUAACCUUUUUUGUGAUAGAUUUUGUAUUAUUGCUCAUUCUGAAUUG